AUGCCGACGUCUAAGGAGGAAAGACAGCUGAAGGAGUGCAUAAUACAACGAAAGGUACUAAAUGCAAUGCGAGAUUCCGUUGAAAAAUUUAUUGCGAAUUACGAUGCUGAUCGAGACAGACGUCAAAUCGGGGUGCGUAUCGAGGCGCUUGAUCGUAUACACAAAGAUUUCAUGGAGAUCCAAAUAGAUAUCGAACGAUUAGACGUUCCAGAAAUGCUUGAGCAGCAUUUAGAAGAACGGGUUGAAUUCGAGCAACGUUAUUGCGAAUCCAAAGGGUUUUUAUUGGGUCAGAAUACUAUCGAUACCAACCAGACACUCAAUUCCUCAUUAAUGUUUCCACCACCACAUCAUCCUUCGCCCUUCCACCUUCGGCUCCCACAGAUAGAUAUGCCGAAAUUCAACGGAGAUUUCUCACGCUGGCUAUCCUUUCGGGAUACCUUUGCUUCUAUGCGUCAUGUUCGGGCACUACAAAAGCUCGAUGAGCCGGUUGAUAAAUGGAAUACGCCUCUGGUAAAUUUGUUGUCAUAUAAGCUAGAUUCAACUACAUUGCGUGCGUGGGAGGAAAAAACAAGUCAGAGUUCAGAAGCAAGUUAUGAGGAGUUGGUAGAGUUCCUCUAUCAACGGGUACGGGUUAUCAAUUCAGUCGGUACAGAAGUACAACCGGCCUUUGCGAAGGUGGCCGGAUCCAACAACAAACCAAAAUUAAAGUUCUCAGCAAACGCUACAGCAUCGGUUAACUCUGCUUCUCACGGGUCGUGCAUUCUUUCUUGUGACGAACAACACUCCCUCAGAAACUGUCCUGUUUUUCUCGCCAAAGAUAUUCGUCAACGUCGUGAGCUGGUAUCACAAAAGCGAUUAUGUUGGAAUUGCCUUUCGUUUGGUCAUCAAGCUAGGAAAUGUGUGUCGAAAUUCACCUGUCGUACGUGUCAUGAGAAGCAUCAUUCUAUGCUGCACGAGGCUGCUAAAACUGCAUCGGUAUCCACCACAGUUCCUCCGACUCCUAGCUCGUCGUCUAGUUCUGGAAAAAUAAGCAACGGAAAAUUCUUCGAAACAAAAUCACCCUCGCCUCAAAUUCACACGGUUCAUACAUCCACCAACACAACUCUGCUCGAAACGGUAUCGCUCUUCAUUGUGGAUGAUUAUGGGAAGAAAAUCAAAGCUCGCGCCCUGUUGGACACAGGGGCAAUGUCCAAUUUAAUUUCGGAUCGGUUGGCUAAGAAUUUGGUUACGUAUCGCGCUCAGGUGAACCUUUGCAUUGGUGGAAUAGGAGGUUCACUGCAACGAGUCAAGAAUGCUCUUAUCGCUACUGUGCAAUCACGAACUCAACCGUUCUCAACUAAACUUGAGUUCUUGAUUUUGAAAAAACCAACCGCUGAUCUACCAACUACAUCAAUUGACUUUUCGUCUUGGGAUCUGUCAGGCUAUCAAAUGGCAGAUGAAACGUUUUUCACCCCGGGAACGGUAGAUCUCAUCAUCGGAUGUGAAGCAUUUUGGGAAUUCCACUCCGGAAGAAAGAUUUCGCUGGGAGAAGAUCUUCCAUGGUUGCUAGAGACACCUUUUGGAUGGACCGUAUCAGGACCCGCAGCUUGUCGACCUACUUGUAUUCCUCGUGUCUGCCAAUUGUCUACGGUUGACGAACGUUUAGAAACCGCACUCCAGAAGUUUUGGGAAAUUGAAACUAUCGCCAUGGAACACGCACACUCUUCAGAUGAAAGUUAUUGUGAAGAAUUUUACACCGAAACAACGACACGUGACGACGACACAGGAAGGUACAUCGUACGACUCCCUUGCACCAACAAGCCUGGAAUUGAACUUGGAAGUUCCAGAUCGAUCGCAGAGCGGCGUUUUCUGGGUCUUGAGCGCCGAUUGCAACGAGAUCCUGGCACCAAGGAAGCCUACCAUCGUUUUAUGGCCGAGUAUGAGGAACUUGGUCACAUGCGGAAGCUAAAAGAGCCGGUAGACGAUCAAAUAUCGCAUUGCUACCUCCCACACCACCCUGUCUUUAAAGCGUCCAGCACCACGACAAAGACAAGAGUGGUAUUCGACGCGUCGUGCAAAACGACAUCUGGGUAUUUGUUGAACGACACAUUACUAGUCGGCCCUGUUGUUCAACCAGAUUUACUGUCCUUGGUUACGAGAUUUCGCACCUACCCGAUCGCUAUUGUCGGCGAUGUAGAAAAGAUGUACCGGCAGGUACUGGUUCAUUCUGACGAUCGUCCUUUGCAGAGGAUUUUGUGGCGCACAAGUUCGGAGAAUCCAAUUUCGACGUUCGAGCUACAGACAGUGACAUACGGAACUUCCUGUGCCCCGUAUCUUGCCACGAAAACACUCCAACAAAUCGCUCAACAUAAUCGCUCAUCCUACCCUGAGUGCGCGGAGUCAAUCGAACACAAUUUUUAUAUGGAUGAUUGGCUAGCAGGAGGGAACUCGGCAGCAGACGUCAUUCAGAAGCAGAAAAUCGUCAAUCGGUCGAUCGCACUUUUUUGGGGAAUAUUUCCUUCACGACCUAGUGGCUGCUUUAAUAAGCAGCGAAGAAAGUCCUCCGAGGUGGCCGGCAAAGUUCCCUGGCGGGAACAUGUUCUAAAAGUUUAA